AGUAUGUAGUUCCUGUUGUGAGAUUCAGCCGGUGAGUGUGACAACCUGUAUGGUGUCUUCCACCUGCAGGGAGCUUGCAACAUGGAAACUGAAACAUGGAGGCUGAACACCUGUAAUAUCUAAAAGCCAGAGCCAGAACUGCACCAUGAAACUCGCCGCUGUUGCCUUUUACGGUUUCGCUUUGGGGCUCCUGGCGGUUGGCCUGCGAGAGCUGCUGACUGGCUUCGAGGAGAACAGAUGCAGUAUGACCUAUAUGUUUGAAUACCCAGAGUACCGGCGUGUGGCUCUGCCUCGUCGUAUUGCCAGACUGUACCCAGCGUAUGGGCUCUACCUGUACGGAGAGGGUCUGUACGCCCAGGAGACCCGAGCGCUCAAACUCACCGGUGCCCCCGUGCUCUUCCUGCCUGGAAAUGCUGGCAGUUAUAAACAAGCUCGCUCCCUGGGGUCAGUGGCCCUGAGGAAGGCUGAAAACAUGGAGGGAGGUCUCCACUUCAACGUGUUCACUGUGGACUUCAAUGAGGAGCUGGUGGCCCUUUACGGAGGCAGUUUGCUACGGCAGACGCACUUCCUUCAUGAGAGCAUUAAGGCCAUCCUGAGGCUGUACAAGCAUCUGAAGACCCCUCCUCAGAGCGUGGUGCUUGUGGGCCACUCCAUGGGAGGAGUGGUGGCUCGGGCACUGUUCACUUUGCCCCGCUUCAACACCAAAAUGGUCAGCCUCAUCAUUACUCAGGCCUCUCCCCACCUGGCUCCGGUAUUGGCCCUAGACCCGUACCUGCUGGAUUUCUACUCUGCAGUGAGACAGAAGUGGGUGAACCAGGCGAACAAACUCAGAAACAUCACAGUCCUGUCUGUUGGGGGUGGUUACCGUGACUACCAAGUCCGCUCUGGUUUAACAUCCCUUCCUUGUCCUCCAGGAGACCCCAAUAAGUUGUCACUGGUGGCAACUGCAGUUCCCAGGACAUGGGUGUCCACUGACCACCUCUCCAUCGUUUGGUGCAAAGAACUGGUUCUUGCUACUGUCAGGGCAUUCUUUGACCUCAUUGAUCCUGAAACCAGACAGUUCACAGAAAACUCGGAGAAGAAAAUGGCUGUACUAAACCAUCACUUCAUUAGACACCCUGUCAGGAUAUUGGGGGAAAAUCAAGACACCUCCAUCUCCAUCUUAGAUUUUCCUGAAGCAUGGAGUGAAGUUAACACAUUGCGUCUAACUUACAGCACACCAAAGGAGGGGCAGGUAAAAUAUUUCCUGUUUGCCCUGUCGAGUCGCAGGAAAGCCUACAGCCAUUUCUACUGCCGGAGCAACAACCUGGAGAUGACCAGCUGGGUGUAUGGCUGUGUGCACAAGAGCGGUCCUUCAUGUGUGCAUGCUAUAGAUCUGUCUAUGGGAACUGAGCUUCUGCCACCAUACAAGGUCCUGAUUCUGAGUCUCAGUGACUUGUCCUCCGUUACUCAUCUAGUUGUUUCAGCUUCCAACCUCAAUGGCAGACAGUUUACGGUGGAGUGCGAGUGGCAGAGACAAGAAUCUCAGACUCUGUCUGUCCCAGUGCCACAUGUCCUGUCCUUCGGUUUGACUCUCAGCGAUGUUACCGUGAACUCCUCUGGACUUCUUCACACCAUCGAGCUGCAACACUUUAACCAGGUCUAUCAGGCUUUCAGAAUUAAUGUUGCAAGCCAGUGCAAAGUACAUAAAGAUAGAUUGCCCAACGUGUACAGAAUAAUGGUACCAUGGUUUCGAGAGGACUCUCUAACCACAGUUAGUGUGCCCUCAGUUACCGAGAUCUCAGGGAUGCUUCAUACAAGUCGACCAGACAACACCUCAGGUGUCCUCCUUCAACUCCACACUGCCCCCAACUGCCAGUAUAAGGUGUCGAUAAGGACUUCAUUACCCAGGGUGCUGGGACAGAUACUAAGGUUCUGUGGUCCAAUGGUGCCAGUGUACACAGCUGUAACUCUCCUCUUGGCCUGUGGGGGGCAGCUAUCCACCAUCCUGAAGUCUAGGCGAGCUGCAGGCAUGAGCCAGGUGGUGGGCAAAGGCCUGCAGCCUCAUAAAGUCAACCUACCUGUUUAUAUUCUGCACGUCUUACUUAGCUGUAGCUGGUUUCAAGAAGUCUGGUCCACUCUUUGCCUCCCCUCUAUGGAUGCCCUCCCCCCAACCUUCCCUGAUGUGACGUUUCAUGAAGGCGUGGUACCAGUUGAAGAAUGGCCCCACCUCCUGUCCCCUCUGCUUUACAUUUUGGGGGCAGCUGUGGCAUACUGGGGGAGCACACUGCUCUGUCUCAUUAUACGACUGAUCUCAUUAAUAUUAGCUCCGCUACACAGACCAUCUGUCUCUAGAGACUGUGGCACCCUGCGUCUGCGGACCCAGCUCCUCAUCGCUCUCUCUCUGACUGUUGUGGGCGGGACAUCCUGUGGAGCAUUGUCAAUCUUUGCUGCCUUUCUGCUCCACCUUUAUAGGGUACUAAGGCUACAGAUGACAGAGAGGUCUCUGAGCCAUAUGCUGAAUCUGGCACCUCGGAAGCACAAAGAAGUUGAGAAUGGCACAGUCGAUGCUGAGUGCAUAAACAAGUCUAAAGAAUGUAAUGGCGCCCCCCUGCUGUCUGAGUGUGCUCUGCAGGAGGUGAGGGAUGACCUACAGCUCCAUCUCUGCCUAUCAGCACUCUUCACGCUACCAGUCAUGCUCAGUGCACCCUCACUCAUCCACUGGAUCCGCAACCUGAGAUAUUCCACCCAGUUAGAUCCUGACCCUUGUUGGCCACACAUUGUGCCUCUACUUAUUGUGUACAUGCUGCUUAUUAACUGCAACACUUUAAAACUCUGCAACAGUAAACUCCUGCCUCUGACUUCCUGCCUCCCUCUCCCCUUGGCCAUCACCAUGGUGACCUUCUCUCCACUUCACCUCUACAGAGUCACAUACUUCCUGUUGGCGACGCUUAUCCCUCUGGCCUUGUGUUGUCUGCUCUGACGGUAUCUGGCUGGUUUCAGUCUUCAUCUCCACCAUAACAAGCCUUUCUCUAAGUUACAGCCUGACUCACUGAAGCUGGUUGAGACUGAUUUGUUCCGAAAAGACUUGCUUUAUCAAACUGCCAUGGAGCAGAGCCAUAGACAUACAUAGCUUGGGGAACUGUCUACUCAAUGUUAGCACUAAAGGCUCCAUGGCAAUUACACUACGUUUUCAAAUGAGAGGAUGUAAAGGCCUUGGAACGUUUGGUGCAAAUAUGGCUCUGUUGAAUUGACCUGAAACCAAGUUUGCCUUACUCUGUAUAUCUAUAGCUCUGCCUUCAAGGAGCAAGAACUCCGCAACCAGUGAAGCUACUGAUACUAGAGAUUCUCAACAGGGUGUUACUGUUGUUAAAUGUGUUAUUUUUAUUUUUGUUGUUUCUAGUGUCUGUAGUGGGAUUGCUCACUGUGGUCACUAUGCUGUAAACUCUCACACUGCCUACUGCUUAGCAAUGACUUACAGUUGUAUGUACCUGUUACAUAUUGACUGUUGUAGCACCGCCACAGAGCCAGUGGCUGUGUCAUACAUUCAUUCCAUAAGAAAAAUCCAAAGUAGUCAUGUUUACAUUCUCCCUUAAUUAUUUUUUGAUACACAACAACAACAACAACAACAACAGCAAUGGAAGCAAAAUUGAGGAAAAGGAAGGCUUGAGUACAUGUGCAGGUUCCAAUGUGUCUCCCAUUAAUCAAUAUUAUGAUCUACUGCAUGUUCUCUACAAGACAGUAGUGUAGCUAAUUUUUAUGAGUGCAGUCACACAGAGAGGUAUUCAUUUUGGGGUGGCACAUAAAUCUGCAUCUUGUUUAGUUUAUUACAGUCACUCACACUUUCAUUUACUUACUGUGGGCAAUAGUGACUGUUAAAAGGCUUGGGGCUUAUCUAAAAGAAGUAAAUAAUAGUCUCAUAGGCAGAAAUAAUGGUGUCACAUUUCCUAUUUGAGAGAAUGAGCUAAAUGAGCCAAAAAUCCUCACAAGUGUUGUGCAUGGGUAAAGGCCUUGUGUCACCAUUAACCAAUCAGAACUAGCCCAUCUCAGCCCUCCAUGUUUACCUGUUUUCUUGAUAGAUUCAAGAUAAUGUUCAUUUUCACAACACUAAUUUCCUCAGUACGCUUAUAAACUCAUGCCCUGCUCUGAGUUUCUCUUUUUAGCAGAAAUACUAUUCUCACUCCUAAUUUUCUGUUCUCAGUCAGUGAAACUCAAAAUGUCACAGAUGAUUCAAAUUAAAAGCUUCCCAGUGGGUCAUAAUCCUCCCUUUUUCCUAGUAGGUUUUUGAUAUGAAAUAUCAGCGCGGGAAGUGUUUGGUUUCAUUGACUGUAGCUUAACGUUGGUUGAGAAAACAGCAAAGUAGAAACAGAUUUAUCAGUGAAUGAAAAUAAUAUUUCUGAUUUUUUUGAAAAAGAAACUUAGUAGCACUGAUAGAAUUCGCACUGUUGGACUGUCUAUUAUGUUGAACAAGCCAAUCCAAGCACUGCUAAAACCUGUCCCCAGUGGUGCCAUGGCAGUGCUGCACAGAAAAACUUCCCUGAAAGCAGUGCUGGAUGGCACAGUCAUUUGCUCCACUACUGCUUUAAUAUCAUCAAACAAUACUUGCAUCAGUAAUUAAUCUGAGCUGAUCCAGUAACCGUGUAAAUCUGCGACCUCUCUGAUAGCUGCUGAAAUGCCAAAUUAAAAAAGCACCUCCGAACGUGGUCGAGCAUUUUUAACCCAGUGACUUUGAAGAACAAGCUAACUAGGUGCUGCUCAUCUCUCAUUACUUACUUACUGCUUACUGUUACUGCUCAUUCAGUUAACAGCCAGCAAAAGUAGUCACCUGUCACACAACAACAAGCAGCUGUGGUUUACAGCCUAUAAUCUUAUUCACCUUGUAUGUGGUGAUGUGAUACAUGAGCAAGCUCUGUUGUGUCCUCUGGGAGACCUGUAAUUUAUGGGACUCCUGGUGUCAACUAAUAUCGGUAUAUCAUGCGUAUAAUUCUAAACAUUACAUGUACUGGAGUGAUGUAGACACAUUGUGUACAUACAAUGUUGAUCAUUUUUUCAAGAGUUACUGCUUUAUAUCGCACUGGGUCACAGUGGAUGUGAUUAAGAUGACCAAAAGAAAACCCUGCAAUAUUGAACUGAAAACAAUUUUCUACAGUUUAAUCUGAAUUAAGUAUAAAAUAUAAAAGCGGUUUUUGUAGUUGAUGUUUUUAUUUAGCAUUAAAGUAAUAAGUAAAGUAUAUAUAUUCAUGUCACAAAAUCCCAAUUGCAUCCAAUGGGAGUCUGUGUUACAAUACAACAAUACAGCAUAAAGACUUUCAAAGGGAGGUGAAUACUUCAUAGACACCACUGUAACAUUUGAUGAAGCAACCUCCAUGUCACAAGCCUACUCCAGUCUGUCUCUGUGCCAAUUUGGCAGUAAUGCACAAGUGCUGACAGGUUAAAUGUGAUUACACGAAAAGUUCAUGAGGUGAUUGUGACAUAAUUAUGCUAAACAGAUAAAUUAGCAUCUGGGGACGGGACAAAUCAUGAAUAUUCAGUUUUUACGUAAUAGGUAUAGUCACAUGCUUAACCUAUAGACAAAGCUUGUCUCAGGUUCAUAAUGACUGUCAUUACUUGUGGUCGUUGGUAUUUUUAUACAGUGCAGCAGAGGGUGUUAUGUUGUUCUUGGUGAAGCUUUAGUCUAGCAAGUUUUAAAAAGCAGGGUGCUCACUUUCUCUUUACUUUUACUAAGCCUUGGAUUUCUGUUCAGUGGAAGAUUAAGGGGUGUCUGAUCAGUAUUGCAGCUGAUUGACAUGCCUCAAAUAACAAAAUUAUUCAAUAGUUUAAAUGGAUUUUCCUGUGUGCGUCCACAGUGUUGGGGUUAAUAAGCACAUUGUCUUCUAUUUCAUAGAUAUGGUGUAUUAAGGUACGGUUAGCUAUCCUAGUGGAAGAUGAACAGGUGAAUAUUCAUGACUGAGGAGUCACCACCACCUUUUGUCCUUUCAAACCAAUUUAAUUAAUCUAAAACCGAUGACAAAACUGCUGGUCAGUGUGUUCUUUCGCAAACUGAAGUCAACCACACCCAGAGCAGUAUAACAAGUCUUGAAGUAAAAACAACAAAAAUUUUGUGACCAUUUGAAUGUUUUUGUUUUUUUUUUUUUUACUGUAUCAGAACACAUGGAUUUCUUAACCUUUAAGAGCGUCUUAGAAGACAAGGCUGGGAUUGUUGUUAUAUUUUUCUUACUGUCCUGCUACAAAAUCCAUGAAAAGACCCAAAUGAGCAAUAUAUAAGUUACUCUCUAACUUCUCUACUCUGGCUCUCAGCCCCAAAACAACUAUUUUCUACUGAAAAUGUAAAUCUUUAAAACACUGUUAACAAAUAUAUAGUGUUAUUUUCAGUAAUUUCCUGAAUCAGCUGGGCACUGUAGUUUUUAGCAAACCUUACUCAGACAAGAGUAAAUAGUGCAUUUUUGGGGGACUAUUUUCAGCUGCAAAUUAAUAUAUAUUCGGUGACCUAGUGAGUAUUUCCAGCAGCAGUGAGUCAAAAUAAACUACAGUGUGUGUUUGUGGUAAUGGAGUAAAGAGGAGGUAAAAGGCUUUGAUACACACACAAUACUUGAUAUUUGGAUCAAUUCAUUGUUGGUUUUGAUCUAUGUUGGUUUGCUGACAGAAAGAAAACAUAGAAUAUCACAAAACUUAUCCUUUGAUGAAAGGUGUAAGAAGAGGACGUAAUUGAUAUCAUGAACGUUUUGGAUUUAAAUGGAAUGAACUAGAUGGGGAAUUCUGUCACCACAAUUCAAACCAUUAUGCAUAUUGUUGCAAUGAAAAGUGUUUCCUGUGUGGUGGAGUGUGGUGUGUGUUUUGAGUGUGAUGUGUUGUUAUGACAUAUAGGCCUGACAUUUUCUUUGCCUUUUGAAUUCAGUUUUUGUUGCCAAUGACUUUUUAAGCCAGUGAACUGUUGCACUCAGUAGGAUUCUCAUUGGCCAUUAUAGUUCAAUGGAUGAAUUUCAUUAAUAUAUGUAACAUAUUAAAUCUUCAAGGAUGAUUUUGACGUAAAAACUAAUGACUAGUGAUUGAUAAGUAGAUGUUCUGACAUCAUGAUUUUUUGACCAGACAAUAGAAAAAAAUACUAAAACAUCAAGUUUUUGUCUCUCAUCUAAAAGUUUUUUUUUAUUUAUUUUUUUUUUUUACUUUAUGUGUGUUCAAACUGUGUCUUACUAUUAGUGCUUUGUCUCACAUCUUCUUGCUGUUGCUCACACACACACCCCAUGCCAGUGGAGCAGCUGCUGUGCCUUUCUGCUUUCUCAUUUAUGCAGCAGUGUGUCUCUUUCAUGCCUGCCUGUCAGUUUAACACCAUUCAGUUCUCUGCAGCAGUGUUCUGGCUAAACGAUAAAGGCCUACGUGAAUGUAAAUGUACUUCACCGUUUCUAUGUGAAUGUGUUGAUUCACAAAAAACCUCAACACAGUAGUGCGAUUUUAGAUUUUGUGUGACUUUAUAAUCACUACAUACUAAAGAUAAGUUCAUUAAGAACCACUCACGCUUGCCCCUUAGGCAAGUAUACAAUCAUACAUCAACACGCUUUGCAAAGACACCACAGUGGUUCCCAAUGUGAAUGUACCUGCACUGAAUGUCUCUACGUGUGUUUGAAUUUAUACAGUACUAGUGGUGAUCAGCUUUUCUGUGCACUUGUCUGUUUAGUGCAGUUUUAGUGCUUUGAGAUGCACAUUGUCUGCCUCGUCGUGAAUUGGUGGCAUACACUACUUUGUAGAACAAAUUAGUAGAGAUGAGAAUUAUGUUUUAUAUAAAUAUAAUUGUGAUUUAUAUCGGUGUUCACUGUGAUGUCGUUCCUGAUAUUCAGACACACGCUCGGGGGUACUCCUCCCAAACUGAAAAAUCAAUAUCAAAAUUGAUCGUUUUCUCACACAAACAGAUGUUUUUGAAUAUUAGGCAUUUAAUAAUCAACCCUAUAUACUGCCUUUCUGAAACCAGUUAAACAGACUGUGCUCCUGUUGCUCUCUUGUUAUAGUGCAGCUGUGAUACAUGUGACAUGUCUAACAUACUUUUAAUUUGAUAAAUUGGCACCAUUAUUAUCAUCAAAUCUCAACUCAGUCUUGCUUUAAACUGACAACUAAAUCAUAGAUUUCAGAACCCUCCAGUUUUCUGAAGCAAAAGAUUUUAGUCUGAAGUGUCUGUCAUGGUGUCUUUACUUUUUUUUAAUCAAAAAUGACUUGGGCAGUUAAGUGUCAGUGACAGUUUUGUAACAUCUUAAAUCUCAGUCAAUAAAUAGAUUUUUUUUAACUUAAAGAAUUAAGAUCUUUUUGUCUUGUAAUGAUUCUUUAUUGAUAGUGAUACCUCCAUUUUUGGUAUCUUUUUCUCUUUUUUUUUAAUCUAUUUUUCAGGUAUGCAGCACAUACAGUAGGAUCCCAAUAAACCAUCAAAUAUCCUGUUGACAGAUGUCUGUCUAAAUCCACAAUUUUUAUCGUAAUGCGAUUUCUCUCUUCGUUAGCUUGCUUUUUUGUUUCACAAGCUAUUUAGCAUUUGAAUCAAAGCACACUAAGAAAAAUGCGUCAUGUUUUCCACUCACUUGCAUUGUUGACUAUAAAAAUGUCCAUUCUGCAAAUGCUGUGCAGCUGCCAAAAACUUGAACUGCUUUUUUUGAAUAAUGAUCCAUGGUAACAAAGACCAGACUCUUAGUUCAGCUUGCUGAAAGAAGUAGUUCACCUCAGUCAAACCAAGUUUAUUCCAGUGUUGAAUUAGCAAGUCAUAAACAACUUGCAUUGAGGUAAGGUGACAAUGUAGUGCAAUACUACAGCAUCAGACAUGGAAAUACUGAACUCUGAAACUAUAAAAAUCAGUAACAAAGCUGGUCAUUGUAAAAAUUUUAUCACCACCUUCAUGUUAGCAGUGUUAAUAAUUUUGCUCGCUAUCAUUUUCCUUACCAUGUAAUGACAAAGGUUUCACAGUGUUUAUCUGUUAAUAUAAAAGUAAACAUCAUACUAAAUGUUACUACUGUCUGUAAGUGCUUUAAAGUCUGGUAACCCUAUCAAUUUAUUUUAUUUUGCUUCUGCCUUGAGUGACUUUAAAACAUGUAACCUCUUGCUAGCUGGUCUUUGUUGUGCAGAACUAGUUAGUCCUCUGACAUUUGCUAAUUAGGUAAUUGGGUAAUUAGGUGCAAGAAAUGAAGACACAGUCCCUAUCACAUCUUAGGGAUAGGUCUUUUAAUUUAUAAUUUCUUGUGAUGCUCUAGUGUGGAAGAGUCUUUAAUCCUCAGGUUUAAGCAUUGAGUCAAAAUUGAUUGCUUUGAUGUUUUUGUAUUUCUCACAUUUUUAUCUGAUGUCAUUGUAAAUGGGCAAACUGUGCAAUUUUGGCACCAUUGUUGUUGCAAUAAAACAGAGGGAAAAAAUGUA